UUGAAAUACAACGCAAACCUUUUAUAUUUUUGAGUUUGUGUACGUUAGAGUCUGCAUUUUGCUACAGAAAUCGCGUAAUGUUGAAACUGGGCACCCACGCCCUCAACAAUAUGACAACUUCCACCAUAACAGUAUUAAACUUAAACAUCUCGUUGCAGUUUUAGAUCGCAUAAGGAAACGUUUGUAGCUGCUGUCGAGGAAGAUAUGCGGUAGUUAAAUCCCGAAAUAGGAAGUGGUUUAAAGGUUUUAUAUUUACUGUGAUGAAAUCAACUAGCAACGGCACACUGACUGGAUCUAACAUAGCCUAUUGCUAUUAAAACAUGCUUACCAAAAGAAUAUGCAAACUACUUCCUGCCGUGUCUGGGUCACUAGCAUUACCAAGACACGGAAUUAACGUUAUCCGCCGAAGAAUGGCCUCAGACCCGACAACAGAGACAACCCGCUUCGACUUUCUGGUAGUCGGCGGCGGGUCUGGAGGUCUGGCCGGGGCUCGAAGGGCGGCGGAGCUCGGUGCAAUCACUGCCGUGAUCGAGAGUCACAAACUCGGAGGUACCUGCGUCAAUGUUGGAUGUGUCCCCAAAAAGGUUAUGUGGAAUGCUGCUGUUCAUGCUGAGUACCUCCAUGAUCACAGUGAUUACGGCUUUGACGUCGGAAAUGUUCAGUUCAGUUGGGAAACUCUGAAGGCUAAAAGGGAUGCUUUUGUGAGUCGCCUAAAUCGCAUUUAUCGCAACAAUCUUGACAAGGAUAAAAUCCAAACUAUUGAAGGUUAUGCCAGGUUCACAGAUGGCCCUGAGCCUACUGUUGAGGUCAGUGGAAGAAAGUACACAGCACCUCACAUCCUUAUUGCUACUGGAGGUCACCCUUCUGUUGUGAGUGAUGCUGAAGUUCCAGGGGCAAGUCUCGGCAUUACCAGUGAUGGCUUCUUUGAACUUGAAACCCUGCCAAAGCGUAGUGUGAUUGUGGGUGCUGGCUAUAUUGCUGUGGAGAUGGCAGGCAUCCUUUCGACCCUGGGCUGCAAAACAUCCCUCAUUAUUCGACAGUCAGGAGUUUUGAGGAACUUCGACAGCCUCAUAAGCACAAACUGCACCAAAGAAAUUCAAAACUGUGGUGUAGAUUUGUGGAAGUACUCUCAGGUGAAGUCUGUGUGCAAAACAGACAGGGGUCUGGAGGUGACACUUGUCACCAGAGACCCAGAGAAGAAGGACAACAUGGAGAAGAUCAGCACCAUUCAGGAAGUGGACUGUCUUCUCUGGGCCAUCGGCAGACAGCCAAACACCUCUGGAUUGAACAUUGGCAAGAUGGGUGUGGCUACAGAUGAAAGAGGCCAUAUCAUUGUGGAUGAGUUUCAGAACACUAGUCGACCUGGGAUCUAUGCUGUAGGGGAUGUUUGUGGCAAAGCUCUUCUCACACCUGUUGCUAUUGCUGCAGGCAGGAAGCUGGCACACAGGCUGUUUGAGGGCAAGAAGGACUCCAAGUUGGACUACUCCUGUAUUCCCACAGUGGUGUUCAGCCACCCACCUAUUGGUACAGUAGGCCUCACAGAAGAGGAGGCCAUUAAAUCAAGAGGAAAGGAGAAUGUGAAGAUAUACAAGACUUCUUUCACUCCACUGUAUCAUGCCAUCACAAGCAGGAAGAGUCAGUGCAUCAUGAAGCUGGUGUGUGUGGGCAAGGAGGAGAAGGUGGUGGGCCUGCAUAUGCAGGGCCUGGGCUGCGAUGAGAUGCUGCAGGGCUUUUCUGUGGCCAUCAAAAUGGGCGCUACCAAAGCAGACUUUGACAAGACUGUUGCCAUUCACCCCACCUCAUCUGAGGAGUUUGUCACAAUGCGUUAAUGCAAGGACAAACUCCACCUUGCUUUCCUAUAGGACCAACAACCCAGAUGAGCAUACCAGGACAGAGUCGCUACUCCAUGUUACUCUCGCAUCAGCUUGAUGACUUGGUUUCUAAAACUACAUAUAUACCGGUACUUCCAUUUUCUCUCAUUUAGUGACCUUAUUUGUGUGCAACAUUUCAUUGUUCCUAAGUUUUACCUAAAUGUAGGAAGUUAUAGCCUUUGUAAACUGUAGAGUUUGUCUUGAUUAUUGAUUGAAAAUUUUGGAUUCCAUUUUAAUGAUUGUAUAAUGGAACAGAUGAAUCUGCAGGUAUUGUUGUCAGGUGGAAUGAAAAGUCAAAAGACCUUUCUCCUAGUGUGUGUUUGUCAGUCAUUUGUCAGAAUAAUUUUAGAAACACUUCUGCUUCUUAAGGCACCUAUGUACUACCAUUGCAAGGUCAUAACACAUCUGUAGCUAUACUGUUUUAAAGACUCAAUAAACCUGCUGUUUUUCUUAACUGGUGUGCUUACAAC